UCCAUCAUCCAUCCAUCCAUCCAUCAUCCAUCCAUCAUCCAUCCAUCCAUCCACUGGCAGCGGGCUCAGACAGAGAAUGGGGAAUUUUGUCUGGGGUGGGGAUGGAUGCCACACUCUGCUCCAAAUUAAACAAAAAAUGGGAUUAAUGCCACUCCACUGAAGGAAUAUUUGUUAUGCCCAACCUUCUCCUGCCAUCUCAUUCCUGCGUUGCACUCCUGGAGUUUGGAAUUGUGGAGCAUUUCUUGGGAAGUCUGGAAGUCAAGAGUUAAAAUUCCUGCGUUUGGAACAGCGGGAACGCCGCUUAUCUGUGUUUUCCUGCUGUUACAUCACUUACAGAAAGGACCGUGGCAAACAAAUUUGUUUCAUAAUUCCCAUCGAUUUUCCUUCCUAGGUACUCCAUGGAGAAUGAUGGGAAGUGCAUUUAAUGCUUAAAUUUUAAAAAAACCCAAGAACCACGAGCCUGUUUCGCACUAAAGGGCACUAAAGGAGAAAGUUUUCAGCCGUAUUUCAGUGCCUGGAGAAAAGUGAAAUGGUUGCAGUCAACUAUCAGUCAUUAAAAAAAAAUCAAAUUUCUUUUGCAACACUUUCUAGUUCUUAAUUUCCUAAAACAAUAUCGCGUUUAAUGCGCCAGAAACUCUUUUUUUAAUGAGAUACAAAGUACUAUUUGUUUUUUGGGUUUGGUUUUUUUUUUUUUUUGUUUGUUUGUUUUUUGUUUUCCCUUCAGCUGAUUUUGGAAACCCAAAAGUAAACACAGCCUUAUGAAAUCUCCAAUUUCACAUCAAAGCAGCCUUGAUUUAUAGAGACGUUCAAAGGAAGACUUUAAAGGAGCAACAUCAUGACCAACUUGUUGGCCUGAUGUUAUUAGAAUAAUUUAGAAAUCCACAAUGUAAAUGUUGAUAAAUAAAUAGCAGGUUGCCAUAAAUCAGCAUGUGGCUGCUCAUGAAAGCGAGAACAUCUAUCUGAUGUAGACAGAACAAUAUUCAGAUUUUUCCUCCUCCCUGCACAGUGAAGUUUAGCAUUUCUGAGAGCGGCAGAACCUCCCUUGGGUGGGACGGGAUUUACGCAACGCUGGGGCUUUAAAAAAAAAAAAAAAAAGUGAUGAAUUGGAAGUUGGAGCUGAGUGUUUGCAGCACUGGGGCAUUUCCAGCUCAUUUCCAGCCAAAUGAACUCGAAAUAUGCAAAUCGCUCCCGAUGGCGGAAAGGAGAAGCUCCCUGCAGGAGCCUGCCCGAGGGGUUGUGCUGCUCCACAGCGAGCCUGGCUCGCUCCAUUCCCGGGAAUUCCGGGUGUUACUCAGCGCCGAGGGAGGAAAAUCCCCCUCGGCAGCCGCGGGGAAGGGCUCAGCUCGCGGGGAAAGCUUCCCUGAAAAUCCGUGUGUGUCAUUUGUGGGCAAGGUGUGCCCGGCCGGGAUGGGGCUGGAGAAAUCCUCGUGUGCCCUGCGGGGCCGGAUCUGCUCCUGCCUGAUCCCAGAUCCCUGUCCUGGAGUGUCCAACACCAGCCCAGAGCCCAGAUCCCAGUCCUGGAGUGUCCAGCACCACUGCCCAUGGAUCCAAAUCCAUGAUCCAAAUCCUGGAGAGUCUAACACCACCUCGGAUCCCAGUUCUGGAGUGUCCAACACCGUCCCAGAUCCCUGUCCUGGAGAGUCCAACACCAUUCCAGAUCCCUGUCCUGGAGUGUCCAACACCAUCCCAGAUCCCUGUCCUGGAGUGUCCAACACCAUCCCAGAUCCCUGUCCUGGAGAGUCCAACACCACUGGCCAUGGAUCCAAAUCCUGGAGUGUCCAACACCACUGCCCAUGGAUCCAAAUCCAUGAUCCAAAUCCUGGAGAGUCUAACACCACCUUGGAUCCCAGUCCUGGAGUGUCCAACACCAACCCAGACCCCAGUCCUGGAGAGUCCAACACCACUGCCCAUGGAUCCCAACCCUGGAACAUCCAACACCACCUCUCCUGGAUCCCAAUCCAUGAUCCCAGUCCUGGAACAUCCAACACCUCUCCUGGAUCCCAAUCCCAACACCACUGCCAUGGAUCCCAGUCUCAAUAUUCCACCCGCACUGCCCAAGCCCUUGGGCCGGGUUUCCAUUGGUCUGGAUUGAUGUGGAACACCAGGAUUGGCAGAGUUUAGGGUUUCAGAGAAGCCCACACAGAUCUGGGUUGGAAGGGACCUGGAAAACCAUCGUGUUCCGUCCCUUCCACACCCUCCAGCACCCCAGGCUGCUGCAAGCCCUGUCCAGCCUGGUCCUGGACAGUUAUUUCUUGCUGUGUGAUGGACAAAAGACAGAUUGUUGGUCUCCUUGGGUGGAAAAACCCCAGCAGGGAGGUUUGGAGGAAGCUCAGGUUGGUUUCUGCUCCACCCAAAAUGCUUUUCCAAUAUCCAGAAAAGAUCUCUCCUACCCAAUUCUUUUGGCAGCUACAUUUGGAGUCUGCAGCUGAUCUGGGUGGGUUUUAUGUGGAUUUCCUCUCUGUCCCCCUCUGGAAGGUGCAUUUUAUAACACAAAUUGCACUGCUGGGAGGAAGAACCACACAAAAGGCCCAUCCAGGCCUGGAUAACUCCCCAGAGCAGCGUGGUGGUGUCUGCACCAAUUUCUCAUCCCAGCACUGCUUUUACUCUUCCCUCUGAGGAGAGGCGAGUAAACAAAAGCAGAAACAGGCCAGAACACUCGUUCUGCAAUGCCAUUUUUAGAAUUUCACCAGCUGGAAGAAUGCUGGAUGUGUUGAGGGCAGAAGGAGACGGAGCAAGGGGAGCUGCUGAGAACCAGCAGCGCAAAAUGCAAACCUGCAGCAGCUCGUUUGUUGACACCAAGCUGAUUAAAGAGAGCCCUGACAACAUCUGUGGCCCGGAGAGCAGAGAGCGCUGCAGGAGCUGCGGAUCUCAGCCCCAAAUCUUGUGUCAGUCACACCCUUGCAAACCACAGCCUCGGUGCCAGAGGAAGCUGAGCCACUGCGUCAGGAGAGCCCACAAACCAAAGAGCCUCUCUGCUCCUCCGGGGAGCUGGGAUGUGCUGGGAAUUUGGGGUGGGAUAACCUGGAUUAUAUCCUCAAUCAGGAAAAAACACCCCUAAAAUAACAACUAACUGAGCUUUUGUCAUUUAACAAGAGAGCAGUGCAAUUAAACAUGGGAUUUUGUUAAUCGUCUGAAGCAGCAAUUUGAAUUUAAUUUAAAUUUGAAUCAAGCUCUGCAGUCAUCAUUUAGGCAAAUCCAGCUGGGGUUUUACCUGAGUAGGAGAACAGGCUCUGGAAAAUUCAAAUAACUUUGUGCCCUGAGAAGACUUUUCCAAAAUGCCCAUGUUGGAAAAAAAAAUUAAAAAAUAAAGAUGAUUCUGGCAGCUUUGAAUGGACAGAAGUUUGUUUUGGGGUAAAGAGGGAAUCCUGGGAAGAGGGCAGUGAAAAUCAAGGGAAGAAGUUGGUGUAGCUCAGCAUCCCCUCAAAAAAUGUGGCAGCUGGUCCUGCCAAAAUGAAAAUGAGCUCAAUGCAAGCAUCAAACCCAUACAGGAGGCACUAAUUAAUGGAGAUAAAAUGAAAUGAAAACUCCUUCUCACGCAGAGAUAGGCAAAUGCUCCUCAGAAUCCCUUUGCUGCCGUUGGCCCAGCUGUGCUAAACCAGCAGCAAGGUGAGGCACUUCUGGUUUGUUUGCUUUAAUCCAGGCUUUAAUCGGGGGAAUCUCUCCCUCUCAGAGCUCUGAGGGUGAAUCUCCAUCCCAAACCAUCUCCACGACUUGUCCUGCCUUUGAUAACUCAGCAUCUCUCAAUUAAUUUCCCUUAAUGCAAAUAUUUGGAUCAGCCCCGUGGAGCACAACUGGGGAAUAAAAACGAGGAGUUUGGAGUCCAUGAAAUCACUCAAAACCAGGAUGAGGAUUAGGACUGACCUGAAAUCCUUUUCAGCUCCUUCAUCCCGAGUGAUGUCACCAGGACCCUCCACUGCAGAGAGGUCCCUGCUCCCCACAUUUAGUCACUCUCCAGUGCUGCCCUCAGCUCAUGAUUCAUUUUGAACCUGCCUUUGAGCUAUUAUUUAUUUAAGCCCCACCCUGACGUGUUAUAACGUAAAAGUCUGAGAAUGCAGAACUUUUAAAACCCCAUCACUCCCCAGGAAAGCCAGAAUUGGUGAAAGGGCACGCUGGAAGGUCCUGGGCACCGUUGUGGGCCCGAGGAUGGGUGACAGCUCCCCAAAACGCUCCUGGGGAGGAGGAUUUGAACCAAAAUUCUACGGCCAAAGCCUUGAUCUCUCUACCAGCAGUGGCCAAGGGAUCCCCCUUGGAUGGGCUUUUCCCACAACAUCCCAGAAGAUGGGAAAGCAUCCAGCACUGAAAAUCCCUUUGCUCCAGGAGGGUGUCCCAGAUGGUGACACCAUCUCCUGUCCCCACACAUCCCACAGCCAAUGCUGCCACUUUCCAAUAUUCCAAUUAAGUAACCAGUAUUUCCAAUAUUCCAAUUAAAAUAUCCAAUAUUUCCGAUAUUCCAGUUAAAAUAUCCAAUAUUUCCGAUAUUCCAGUUAAAAUACUGCAGCAGUUUAACCAAGAUAUCUGCACAGACAGCCCAGAGGACUCACAAGGACAAAACAUUACAUUAUAAAAUAUCUCUGGCUCCAACAUUCCACCCCGCUUUUAGGGCAUGUUUGACAACCCCGGAAUGAUUUGCUCAGAGGGGAACGAGUACUGGAGGAGGAGCACACGGGCAAAAAGUCCAUUUAUGAUGACAGGAGCUGACUGGGACCCAGCUCCCCAAAUCCCGAGGGGUUUCCAGCCUGGCUCAGAGCCAGCACCCAGAGCUGUUCCCUCCCCAUCCAGCGGCUUUCCCUGGAAGCUCCCGCUCACCCCUCCGAGCAAACCCCGCUCCCGCAGCGCCCCGUCCUUUAGCGCAAGGACAUCCUCACCGCGGACACCACCAGAUAACCCCCAGCUGCUGGAAUAUCCCGAAAACGAGCCAAAAAAACCCAGC